CCAAGACCUGCCAGUCGCCUUUGACCGGAAUUGCUAAACCCCAUAUGACUUUGACGAGUGCAGACGUCCUCUCUAGUCUCGAAAACAAGUACGAAGAUGCACGGGAAACGGGAGAUCUCAUUUUCUUUCCAUCCGAGCAGAUCGUAAAGCAUGAAGAAGACGGAAUCCAGUACGAGAUUAGGGUGUGCACCGCUCUUAAGAACAAAGCGUCAGUGACGACUGCAAACAAUGAAGUGACCGAAAGCAAGAAGCCAAAUCCCUUCGCGCCACCUUACAACGAGAAGCUAUAUAUCGGAGACAUGUACGAUGCUGAGGAGGAUCUCUACUAUGCAGUUCUACUCAACAAGUUCUCAGUUGUGCCGCAUCACUUCCUUCUUGUGACAAAAGAGUUUAGACCACAGACGUCGCCCCUCCUACCUUCCGAGCUGUAUAUGACAUACAGUUUGUUACUGGCCGCACGCAAACAGGGCAAAAAUUAUCUCGCGUUUUACAAUUGUGGUCCACAGAGUGGCGCUAGCCAGCCGCACAAGCAUGUGCAAUUCAUCGAUGCUGAGGAUGGCAUCCCUCCCAUUGAGCGCCUCGCAAGGACCACGCAGCUCGAGGUUGCAGAUCGUCCGUUCAGUCUGAGACGCCUCUCAUACGCGAAUCAUGUCCGCCGCCUUCCGGACCUCUCCUUAGCAUCGCCCACCGAGGUCGCAGACAAAAUCUCUAUGGCGUAUGUCUCGCUUCUAGAUCUCGUCAUAUCCACAAUCCGAUAUGAUCCAACUUACCCGUCUGGACCUCCGUCAUAUAACAUGGUCCUCACACUCGAGCAUAUGCACCUUAUCCCUCGGCGAUGGGAGGAGUACACUAUGCCUGAAUCCGGAAAGAAGCAAAACGUGAAUGCACUCGGGUUCGCAGGUAUGCUACUGGUGAAAAGCGAUGAAGAACUCGAAGCUGUUAAGAAGGAGACCGUCAGUAAAAUCUUACACGGGGUGGGUGUGGAGAGUGUACAUGACAUUGAGGUAGCAGGUACAAGCCUGGAGGCUGCAGAGGAUGAGUAGUUACGAAAAGCUUUUUGGUGCCCUUUCAAUGCAGAUACUAGGUUCCCCACGGUGCUACAUAUGAGGUCCUUUGCGUUGAAAUAAAUUGUCCAAGGUCUCGACCUGGUGAAGUGUUUAGAGUACCAAAACACAAUCACUGAUCUUACCAGUGUAAUAAAAUUGUCUUCACGUAUGAUGUGCGCUACCAAGGCCUCGAGUUCGUUGGAAGGGAGUGCAUAUAAGGAGGAAGGGUCUGGCAAGAUUUCUAGAGACCGAGUACCCGCAUAAGAGCCCGAGGAGCCAGCAGGUUUCGUGGAAGCAAGUGAGGCAGUCGAGCUGCUUUUGCUGGAGUACGGUGGAAAGGAAGAAUUAGGGAGUGAGGAGUCAAUUGGCUGGCUGGACUCCAGCUGAUUCGUUUGAAAAGGCGGCGCUGAGCCAUGACAGGUAGGCGUGUGUCCAGAGUAAUGAAAGGUCCGAGCUGGUGGUGGCCUCGCAGUCAUCUCGGAAGAAGUCGCGUAGGAGGAUACAUUCGAGCUACAAUCGACUGCUCGCUGAGGGCUUGAAGAUGGAAAGUUUAACAACUGGACGUCGGACGAUUGUGUAGAGUGGAUGCCCGGAUCCAUAGGAACAUGCUUUCGAGCCUGUUGGGCUAUUUCAGCGGAUGCACUCGCGUGUGUGGC